CAGCUUGAGUGGGCGAAGAUGCAGUCUUCAAAGACCAGGGUGAUUGUUCCACGUGGCCUCAAGACCCUGCUUGAGGGGGUGAGCCGGGCUGUCGUAGAAAAAAACCCGGACGACAUUGCUGAAUUUUUCGCUCUCUAUUUCCAAGAGCUUGUCACCUUUCGAAAAGGGCAUCCAAAUCUGGAUAUAACAGAACUGGUUGAACAGUUUGAGUUCAUUAGCGAAAAUGGGAAUGAGGGACUGGAAGAGAAGACAUCAGAGGACACAGAUACUUUGUUUUCUGGGGAGCCCAAGCAAAGGGACAAGUGUACUGACACAGAGGAAGACCAGCUCCUUGAAGAACCUGAUAUUCAAUAUAGCUUCAAAGUAACUCAAUACCCAUCAAUUGCCAGUUCCAUUGCAGAAAGCAGAUCCCCCUCUGGAUCUGAUGGAGCUUCAUUCCUUGAAGGACCUGAACUGAUGUACGUCCCUGCUGAGCCUGCACAGCUUGCUGCCUAUGUGCUAGCCACGGCAUCACGUGAAGCAGGACAGCCACCACCACCACAUUCUAAUGUGUGGACCCUCUAUUGCCUAACUGACUUGAGACAAGGUCAAAAAUCACCACCAUCCCUUCCUCCUGCUGGAGCUGGUGUUCCUUAUUCCCAGGCAACCCUCAGUCUUUCCAGGGGGGAAGAUCAACAAUGUGGUCAGCUGUCACAAGUAUCUGCUCCAAUUUAUGUGAUGCAAGAAGAAAGCAAGAGGGGAAAUGCUCCACCUUUCAUUUUAGUGGGCUCUAAUGUUCAGACCACACAGGACUGGAAACCUAUUCCUAGCCAUGCUGUCUUUGCACAGCGAGAUGCAGGUGCUAGGAGCAGAUUCACUACAGUCCCAGUCCCAGUCGCCAGGCCAGCUGAUGAGGAAACAGAUAUGGCAAGCCCCAAUUCUAAUUCUGCAGAGGAAACUGGGGCUAAGCUACGCACACCCGAUGUUUUCUCAGUUGCCAUACCUCUGGAUGAUGUGAUGUCUGCAAAGAAAGGCUCACCAGCUGAUGAUAAGCACACAGGUAUAAAUGCUCUUGCAGAAAGUUAA